AGAGCGACUAGGGCGGUAGCCGGCCGCCCCCCCCCCCCACGUGUGCCUCGUUGACUUGCGGAGAGCCCGGCCCGCUAUGAGUGCAGGGCCCCCCUCCCUGUUCCCCCUCCCUCAGGCUCCCGGAGCGGUGGGCGGACGGGCGCUGCCUGCCUGGGCCGUGGCGGCUGCGGCUCCAGCUGGGCCAACGUCAGCGAUGGUGGCGGUGAGUGGGUGGCUUUUGUCGCGGGAGUGGCGGGAGGAGGCGGCGGCGGCCGCGGGAUUGCUGCGUUCUCCGCCCGGCUUCGCAGCAACCGAUCAGUCUCCAGCCCUUGGAGAUCCGGGCAAUCCCUGGCGGCGGGAAGUCGCCUCGGGCCGCAAAGCCAACACCUGGAGCCGGAGCGCGGGCGGGAAACGAGCGGGAGCCGGGCUCGGCUCGCGGUUGCAGCUCUUCCGCCCGGGCUGGCUGCCGCUUGGAGUCGGUGGUGGGUUCCUGGCCGGACCUUAACGGCGUAGCACGUGGGAAACCUGUAACAGCUGCCGUGCCAGAGAAAAGUCCCACUGAACACAAUGUGGCUUGAUCCCCGGUGCUGAGUCGCCAAGCGCCCCGUCGUCCCCUACCAUGCAGGGCUGAGCAGCCUCAAGAUCCGGCUCGGUGCCAGAAGGGUUAAAGAUGAUGAGGAAGAAGAGGAAGCGCGGAGGCCCGGUUGCCUGCCCGUGCAGCAGCCCUGCCGCCGCCGCCGCCCCAUCGCUGAAGUCCCGACGAGCUGCAUGGACGGGCAUGGGGAAAGCGGCCCCUUUCUGCGCCGCCGCCAGGGCUGAGCAAGAGCGGCGCCGCCGUCGCCCUCACCCGCUACCUGCCCUCAUCGUCUUCUUCAGCCUCGGGCUGCUACUUCACGCAGGGGAUUGCCAGCCGCAAACACCAUGUCGAAUCCAGAAAUGCACCACGGACUUUGUAUCACUAACUGCUCACCUAAACUCUGCCACUGAUGGCUUUGAUUUGGAAUUCUGCAAAGCACUGCGUGCGUAUUCUGCUUGCACCUACCGCAAUUCCAAAGCUUGCCGUGGAAACCUGGUCUACCAUUCUGCUGUGCUGGGAAUCAAUGAUCUCAUGAGUCAGAGGAACUGUUCAAAGGAUGGGCCAACAUCCUCUACGAAUCCUGAGGUUACCCAUGACCCUUGUAAUUACAAUGGCCGCCUGGGAGCCAGAGAACAUCGAGGAGGAGAACAAACACCCCCAACUUACCUUUUCUGUGGCUUGUUUGGAGAUCCACAUCUGCGGACAUUUAGGGAUCACUUUCAGACAUGUAAAGUGGAAGGGGCGUGGCCUCUCAUAGACAACAACUACUUGUCAGUACAGGUGACAAAUGUGCCAGUUGUCCCAGGAUCCAGUGCUACUGCAACCAAUAAGAUAACUAUUAUCUUUAAAUCUUACCAAGACUGUACUGAUCAGAAGGUGUAUCAGGCAGUGACUGACGACUUGCCAGCAGCUUUUGUUGAUGGCACGACGAGUGGCGGUGAUGGCGACACCAAGAGCUUGCGCAUUGUGGAGAGAGUGAGUGGCAGAUAUGUGGAAAUGCAUGCCAAGUACAUUGGGACCACUGUGUUUGUGCGCCAGCUAGGACGCUACUUAACACUAGCCAUACGCAUGCCAGAAGAGCUGGUGAUGGCUUAUGAAGAGAGCCAGGACCUACAACUGUGCGUGAAUGGCUGCCCUUCAAGUGAACGCAUUGACAACAGUGGGCAUCUGCCUUUACCAGUGAUAGCACAGGCCCUCACUCAGGGUGCGUCGAGUCAGACACGGAAUAUAUACACACUGGAGAAUGCUUCCACCAAAUGCCAUGAAAAGAUGCUGGUGAAGGACAUCUAUUUUCACUCUUGUGUGUUUGAUUUGCUCACCACGGGGGAUGUCAAUUUCACAGCAGCUGCCCAUAGUGCCUUGCAGGAUGUUGAGGCGUUACACCCCAGGAAAGAGCGGUGGCACAUUUUCCCCAGCAGCGGGUGCAUUGGCCAGGGGAAUGGGUUGUCUCUUGCUCUUGGACUUGUGUGUUUGAUUCUUGUGUUUUUGUAGGGUUUUUUGUCAGGAACAAAGGUUUUUAAAUAUAUAUUGUCAUAAUAUAUUGAGGAAAGAGGAUAUAAUGUAUAUACCAUGUAUAUGAAGGGAUGCUUUUUUGUCCUGGGACACCCAGCAGAGUGUAAAUAUUGCUACCUUUUUCAUAUAUGUUGGAUGUAAUAUUCUUUUGAUUGUAAUAAUUUUUUUUGCUUUGCAGUUGGUGAAAUGUUUUAUAAUGUCCUUUCAUCAGGACCCAAUAGAAAGCACUUUAUUUUUUAUAUAUUAAAUAUUUAUGUGUAUCUAGGUAAUAUGUAAAGCAUAUAUCCACAUGUACAUAUAUCAUACCCAGUGCUCCCUCUAAGUAAUACUUAGCUCAACUAACUAACAUGUUUAGAAUCUUUUGUGAUUGUUUUUCACUCUGUUUUGACCUUUCCUUGAACCAGUUGAGGCAAUGCAAUAAACUGGAUGGGAAUAGGUCCAGGAAGAGCUGAUUCUUCAUUUGGCCCCUGGACACGUGGCCUUUUGUUCCAUAGGAAAAGAAGUAAUUUGCAUUGUCCCUCAUAAUUAGAUCAUUCAUAACUGCAUCUUGUUUGUUCUUGAUGCAGAUGAUCUUUGCUUUCUUACCCUAAGGACUCCAUCUGUGUGACAAUUUGUAUUGGAGUCUAAUACACAAGUACAAAAGAUGUAAAUCUUACAUUUGAUUAUGAAGGGCAUAUGUGUAUAGAAAAUUGUCUUUUUUCCCUUCCUGUGUACACAGCUGUGUACAUGAGUGUGAGCCAAAUUUUUUAUGGUUUUGGAUUCCAUCUCUGACAGGAUUAUAUAUAAAUAUGAUUGUCUUCAAGUUGUUCGUAUUAAAUGUGUACCCUUGCGAUAGUGGUAGGCCCUAUCAGGCUGACACUGCUUGAUGUUUCCCACUUACAAAUGUGGAAACUUUCUACUGAAAAACAAAAAAUAACCCUCUAAAUUCUAUUUUUAAGCUUUAACCUUAUUUUGUUGUCAAGAGGCAGACAGUUAGGAUACCAGUAGUCUGUUCAGCACACGUUAGUAGUUGGAACAAGGACAGUGGCUUUCAUCAGGAAGCAGUAACAAAGGUGAGGCUUAGGUUGCUCCAUCAUUGGUUCCAGUCCAAACUUUAGCAGAUUUCAUGAGUGCAAUACAAGGAGGCCAUGUUCUUGCAGUGUAUUUUUUUGGGUGAGGGGACAAAACUCGCUCUCCAUGUGUUAUACAAGUUGCUACGCACCUGGAUUUUUCUCUCCUUUUGAUUUACUAUUCCCACACUUGAAAAUGUGUUCAGCCAGCUGGAGGGUAGGGGAAUCUAUUCUUUCCUUUUACCUGGGGAGGCCUGUUUUGACACAUACUGGAGAUUCCCUGAGAUGGGAAAUGUAGUGUAGCUGUAGACUGUUGAUGGCCUGAGGUAAAUCUUUGUUUCAUAUAGGAGCAGCAGUGGCAUAGUGGUUAAGAGCAGGUGCAUUCUAAUCUGGUGGAACUGGGUUUGCUUCCCUGCUCUGCCACUUGAGCUGUGGAGGCUUAUCUGGGGAGAUUAGCCUGAGCACUC